AUAAGAGAGUGGUCCUGGUCCAGCGUCUCUCUGAGCCACAGAGCGAGCGAUCCCAGCGAAGCCCAUGGGUCAUGGCGAGCGCAACUCCCAGUGAGAGUGUGGAUAGUGAGCUGCGCUGCCCCAUCUGCCUGGACACGUUCGUCUGCCCCUGUACGCUGAGCUGUGGACACUCGUACUGCAUCCAGUGUCUGGAGACCGCCUGGGAGACGGCAAGCAGCUUCAGCUGCCCGCAGUGCCGAGCGACAUUCUCUGUGCGACCCCAGAUGAGGAGGAACGUGGCCCUAGCCAACCUGGUGGAGCAGCUCAGAGUUGGAGACGGAAUGGCCAGUGCCGUCAUGUGUGACAUCUGCGGUGACGGCCAGAUUCCUGCAGUGCAGACCUGCCUAAGAUGUGAGAUGUCCUACUGUGCGAGGCACGUGAGGCCUCAUGUAGAUAAUCCCAGGCUGAGAGACCACGUCUUGGUGUCUCCCACUCCGAACCUGCAGGAGCGACGGUGCUGUGAGCACAGACAGGAGCUCAUUCUUUACUGUGUACAGGACGAGAGCCCGGUCUGCCCAGUCUGCCCCGUCGCAGGAGACCACUCUGGGCACAGGGUCAUCUCAGUGGAAAAAGCACAACAGACAAGACAGGAGGAGCUCAGAGUUCAGAAGGAGAAGAGAGAAGAGAAGAGGAACACGGUGGCGUCACGGACACAGACGCUCAGGGAUGACUACCGGCGCGUGGAGGAGUCUGUGCGUGGGACCAAGGCGCGGAUCAGCCGAGAGUUUGAGCGCAGGAGGGAGCGGCUGAGGGAGGAGGAGAGGGAGGUGCUGGAGCACGUGGACGAGGAGGGCCGCUCCGUGCUGUCCCGCAUCCAGGCGGACAUCGCUCGCUACGAGAGCAGAGCACGGGACCUGGAGCAAGAGAUCAACCAGUUGCUCGCCACCAUCACCAUAAAGGAUCCGCUCUCCUUCCUCCUGCAGGAUCCCGUGCAUGACAGUCUCAGAAGAAGCUCCGUCUCUCAGGAGACUCAAGAUGACCCAGCCCCUGUCUCCAGCCGCCUGAACCUCGCAAAAGUCAUCUCAGUGGGAGGCGUCCAGACGAAUCUCCUGGCUGCUGUGUAUGGACGCUCACCGGCUCUGGACAAAAACUCAGCCCACGACUACCUCCAGAUUUCCUCGGAUCUCAGGACAGUGACGUGGAGAGGUGUCUCCCAGGGUCGCCCCCAUCACUCACACCGUUUUGAUGUAUAUUACCAAGCCAUGUGCUAUGAUAGCUUCUCGUCGGGUCAGCACUACUGGGAGGUGGAUGUGGGGAGCGCGGGGCGGUGUCGAGUUGGAGUCGCGUACAGGACGAUCCCACGGAGAGGGCGUGGUGAUGAGUGCAGCCUGGGAGGGAGUGAUGUCUCCUGGUGUCUACGGAAAGAUGGCGACAGCUUCUCAGUGGUGCAUGGCGGGGUAGAGACCUCACUGUCGGUGCCGGAGCCUCCGCGGAGAGUCGGGAUUCAUCUGGACUGGGACGCGGGGCUGCUGUCGUUUUACAGCGCCGACUCCAUGGCGCCGUUGCACUCGUUUCAUGAAACCUUCGCUCAGCCCCUACAUCCUGGGCUGGCCGUGGGGUGGAGGGGGUGGUACGGUAAAGUUGGUGCCUCAGUGAGAAUCUUGGAUCUGAGUGGUGCGUCCUGAGAGAGGUGAAUGUGAACAGUGCAGAGGGCAGACGCCAUGACA